AUGUCGACAAAACCGCUUCUGGACGGCUGUAAGCCGUAUCCCGAGCACGACCUCUCGCAAUUUCCCGUCUCGCUGAAGGGAAAGCGCAUCUUGCUCUGCACUGAAUCUUUCGGGCCUGUAAAUGGAGUCAGCCGAACGACUCUGAUGCUUGUGACGCACCUGCGGGAGCAUGGCGCGCAGGUUGCCGUCGUUGCGCCUCACAACCACACGAAGCACAACACAUUCUCACCCCCGCCAUCUCCCAACUUGGGUCCCGCCGACAAGCAACCCGAAGUUCGAGUCACGGGAUAUCCGCUCCCGUUCAACCCGGAGCUGUCCAUCGUCUAUCCUGUGCGCAACUCGACCCUGUACUCGCGGACGUUUGGCGACGACUCACCUCCGGACCUAAUCUACCUUGCGUCUCCGGCCAGCUUGGGCUUCCAGGUUAUGCUUCAACUGAGGCAACAGCCCAAGGAAAACCAGAUUCCAGUCAUCUGCAACUUUCAAACCGACCUCGCUGGCUACUGCUCCAUCUUGUUCCCCGCGCCUCUCAGUCACAUUGCCGUCUUUGCCUUUGCCGCGGUCCAGAGCUACCUCUUCCGUCAUCCCUCCGUCAAAACGAUCUUCUAUCCGUCGCGCUUCGUCAGGAGGUACCUCGUGAGCCAAAAUGUUCAGGAGAAGAAGCUGGAUCUCUUGACGCGAGGUGUCAACACACAACUUUUCAACCCCAACAGCCGAAGCGAGCAGCUGCGACGAGAGAUUGCGCCAAAUGGGGAGACCAUAUUCGUGACAGUGUCCCGCAUCGCCGGCGAAAAGGGCUUCGACUUCCUCUCCAAAGUUGCCAAGGAAAUGGACGCUCGUGGCUUGCCGUUCAAGUUCUACAUCGUCGGCGGGAACAGGAAUGCGGACGUGGAAAAGGAAGUGCAGGAGCUGUUCGACCCGCUUCGAGAGCAGGGCAAGGUGGUCUUUGCCGGCUUCAAGGUGGGCGAAGACCUCGCAACGGCCUAUGCGAGCGGAGAUGUUUUCCUCCACUGCUCCGUGACGGAGACCUUUGGCCUUGUCGUGCUGGAAUCCAUGGCUAGCGGCGUCCCUGUCGUUGCGCGAGACGAAGGUGGUCCGUCAGAUAUCGUCCAGCACGGCGAGACAGGCUUCCUCGUUCCGCCGAAUGACCUGGACGGCUUCGUCGCCAAGGCUGUCAAGCUGGCGCAGGACUCACAGCUCAGGAAUCGCAUGGCGGCAGCGGCUCGCGCUGCUGCCUGCGAGGCCACCUGGGACAAGAUCAACAACAAAGUCGCCUGGCGCAUGGCGGACACCAUCGCAGAGCGACAGCGUGAGCAGGGCGGCACUCCGCAGAGCGCCCAGGCCAUGCCGGUGGUGGCACAACAGCUCGUUCCCAUCUACGGCUGGCUGAUGAUGAACGGGGCGAUGCGUGAUGUCCUCAUGCGGCGGAUCGUUGACGCGCGGCUCAUGGGCGGACUUGGCGUCAUCAUCUCAUUCUGGGCGGUAACAGGCAUCUACAUGGUCUUCACCGAAAUCUUGCUAUGGACGAAGGGGCGGUUGAGGGCGGGGGAGCGCAGAGCUAGCGUUUCCGUCGCGUGA